AUGGCCUCGCUCUACAUCGGUGUAUACAAAGCCUUGUAUGACUACCCAGCGCAGGCCGAGGAAGAGCUCACUAUCCAGCAAGAUGAUUUGCUAUAUUUGCUUGAAAAACUGGACAUAGAUGAUUGGUGGAAAGCCAAGAAGAGAGUGCUCCCUGUGGGCGACGAAGAGGUGGAAGAACCCGUUGGUCUCGUUCCUGCCAAUUACAUAGAGGUUGCCCCUGUGGUGAAACAGUGCCGGGGUCUCUACGACUAUGACAAGCAGACCGAGGAAGAACUCAGUUUCAAGGAGGGGGACAUUUUCAACAUUUACGAUUUGAAUGAUCCCGACUGGCUUCUUGUUGGAGAUGCUUCGAACACUAACUUUGGUUUUAUUCCCUCCAACUACAUAGAGCAGACAGGCAAUGGUCUGGCCCAGCCCCAAGCUCAAGCCGUCUCUGCCCCUGCUGCUGAUCCAACUCCAGCCAGGCAACAACUCCCAAUAUCGGCAUUUGCUCCACCUCCCGUGCAUAAGGAUAGAACGCCAGUUCUGCUGGCGGAGCCAGAAGAGGUUAAACAGCCAGAGAGACCAGUGGAACAGAGGCAACCCGUCGAUAGAGCCCCAGCUAGAGGCAGAGAACCAGAGGAAGACGAUGACGAAGACGAUGACUUUGAAGAUGCCCUUCCUCCGCCAAUGCCUACACGUCCUAGUGGAGGAGCUAGCGAACCUAGAAGGGAGCGCCCACCCCUGGAUCCCACGACUCCUUCUCGCAGAGAGUCUGCGGUCGACCAGCCUGAAUCACCACCUAAAGAGCAUAACUUUGACGGUGAGUACUUCCGCUGGUACAUUGACGAAGUUGAUGGCAGAAAGAAGCGUCCAGUCGUGGUGUCUGUGGGUAACGGCUUGAUCAUUCUCAAGCCCAACACGCUGAACCCCAAGAAAUUGCGUCUUCGUUCGGCGCUGAGUCUUGACAACAAUUGGAGAAUAAGAGAUUUAGAGCUGUUUUCUCACGAGAAGAAGCACGUCUUCUUGAAAUUUCACAACCCGGAUGCCGAGAUCGAAUUGCACGCAGGCAGUAAGGAUGUUGCCGAGGCAAUCAUGGCCGUUUUGGGUGACUUGAAGGGUGCUGAGAACCAAAAGGGAUUGCGUGAAGUUGCCAGAGCGGCACUGACAAAAACUUCCUCGUCCAACAAGAAGGUCGGUGUGCUCAUGUAUGAUUUUGAAUCGCAGGGCAGCGACGAAUUGGCGUGUAGAGAAGGUGAUGAGGUGCACAUUUUGGAUGACACCAAGUCAAGAGAAUGGUGGAUGUGUGAACGUGUUUCAAAUGGCAGAAGAGGUGUUGUUCCUUCGAGCUAUAUUGAGAUCCUAAGCACCACAAACUUGGACAAAUUGACUGAUGGCCCCACUAGACGCAAGUCCCAAAAGUCCUCCAGCAAGGGCCGCGUUGUCGACAAGAAACUGAGGUAUCACAGCCGUGACGAGAGAGAUCGGAUCAGAGAGAGCGAUAGAGCACGCAGAGAUAAGAGAUCGAGCUCCGGAGGCGAUGAUAAAAACAUGCCGAACUAUCAUCGCGUCAGAACCUGGAUUGACAGCACCGGCUCGUUUAAGGUCGAAGCUGAGUUCUUGGGAUGCAUGGAAGGCAAAGUUCAUUUGCAUAAAACAAAUGGUGUCAAGAUCGCUGUUGCUGCCACCAAGUUAUCUAUUGAGGAUUUGGAGUACGUCGAGAAAAUCACUGGCACCUCGCUUCAGCAUUACAAGGACGAGGUCGCCAAGCAUAUGGCAAAGAGAAACAAGGACAGAGGGACUCACUCCUCUGGUGUGUCUCCUGCAAAGACCUCCUCUGUUGCUGCAAUCAACGACAUUGCUCCUCCUCAGCCAUCAAGACCUAAAGCAACUACUGGUGUCUCGCUGGGCGAGCCAGAUUACGACUGGUUCGACUUCUUCCUCACUUGUGGGGUUGAUAUUGGUAACUGUCAGCGCUAUUCGAUCAACUUUGCCCGUGAGCAGAUGGACGAGUCCAUUCUCGAGGACAUUACGCCAUCUUUGUUACGUUCUCUUGGCUUAAGAGAAGGUGAUAUCCUCAGGGUCAUGAAACACUUGGACAAUAAGUAUGGAAGACAGAAGACAGGUGAUGCUUCAGCCUCAUCAGGCGGUCUUUUCACGGAAGCCACUGGUGCUUUGAAGAACAACAGCUCAACCGAGAUUUCGAAGGUCGACGCUAGCGCUCUUCCAGCUCCAUCGCCUCAGAAAGAGAAGGAGGAUCCUAUCAGCAAUAAAGCUGGCAACAAGUUCGAAGAUGACGCCUGGGCUGUCAAGCCAGCUGCUCGCUCAAACGAGGACUUCACCCAAACUCAGACUCCUUCCAAGCCUCAAUAUACUGGUUCCUUACAGGAUCUUGUCGAUAUCAAGCCAUUGGAGGCCAACAAGCCUCCUCAGACUCCUUCUAAGGAUACUCCACUGAGCUUACCAUCUGCUCCUGCUUUGACUCCGUCCAAGACUGCUGCUCUGUCAGCUCAACCUGCCCAACAAAACCAGACUGCUCAAACCCAACCUACUGACAUGGUCCCUCUACAAAAGACUGGUGGACAGGCCCCUCUUGUUCUUGUACGUACAGGUGGACCCUUUGUUCCAAUGCAAACCGGUGGCUACAUGACUGCUCAGCCAACAGGAUUUAUGCCUAUUACUGCCCAGCCAACUGGCUUCAUGCCCAUUCAACCCACCGGUUUAGGCCAACAACAAACAUCUGGUAUGCUUCCUCUUCAAACCGGUCAAAUGCAGCAACUUCGCCCAGCACCACCACCACCACCACAACCAACUUCUUUUGGGCAGGUGCCAUUGCAGCCUACAAGCUCAUUUGUCCCCUUGCAGCCCGGUAAUGUGACGAUGCCUCAGACAACGUUUGGACAGCAGCCUACUGGUCAGGGCCAGCAGCCACAGACCUCUUUCGGCCAGCAGCCACAAACGACCUUUGGACAGCAGCCAACUGGAGGUUUCGGUCAACAACCACCAACGACAUUCAGCCAGCAGCUUACUGGAGGAUACAGUCAGCAGCCGCCCACUACAUUUGGCCAACAGCAAACUGGCGGCUUUGGACAACAGCAAACCAACUUUGGUCAGCCUCAAACCUCAUUUGGUCAGCAGCCACAGACGUCAUUUAGCCAGCAGCCAACAGGAGGCCAAUUAGGCAGUCAAAUUACCGGUGGAUUAAACAAGUUUGUGCCUCAAUCCUCGUUUGGUAGACAAAUCACAGGCGGCUUAAUGCCCCAAACUUCAUUCGGCAAUCAGGCCACAGGCGGUAUUCCCAACACCUCGUUUGGAGGUCAGGCGACUGGAGGCUUCCCCCAAACUUCCUUCAGCAACCAGCCCACGGGUGGGUUCCCUCAGACUUCUUUUGGCCAGCCUUCCGGAAUGCCCCAAACACUGUUCGGUGCUCCUCAGCAGCAACAACAGCAGCAACAACCAUUUGGUCAAUUUGGCCAACCCCAGCAGCCAGGUAUGGACCAGAUGACCAACAUGUUUCAAAACACAUCUAUUGGUGGUAACUUCCCACAACAACCACAACAGCAGCAACAGCCUAUGACAACAUUCGGUCAGAACUUUGGCCAGAAUCAAUUCGAAGGUUUUGGCGAUCAACCAUUGCAGUCGCAGCCUACGGGUCUCGGUUUCGGCAAUGCUCCAUUGCAGUCGCAGCAGACCGGCAGAAGAGCCAACUUGCAGGCCGCCACUGCUGAUAAUCCUUUUGGCUUCUGA